AAGCAGGUGAGAAAGCAGACUAUAGGCCACAGGGACGGACACUGCUUUCGUUCUACUUCUCGCCUCUGCGAACCAAGCGCCGUCGGUUACUUUGCCUGCAACUCCGUGGAUAAAGUGUCUUACUUGCCGCAAUCAAAAUGAGGAAUCAAGUUGUGACCGUGAUCGUGGUGCUAUGUUUCACAUGCGCGGCUGUGGACGCCAACGCUGCGGUGGAGGCCGUCCUCGAGCAACUCAAGUCUCUGGUGCAAGACUUCGUACCCGACAAAGCCAAGGCGCAGCAGUACAUGGAGAAGAUCGACACCGCGCGCGAGUGCCUCUCCAUCGCCAAGGGAAUAAACCCGGACGUCAUUAAGCAAUUUGCUGAUGGCAUCAUUCCGACGGUCAUGGAAUGCGGCGGCAAGCACAUGGGCAUCGCAGACACUACAGAAAGAGAGGCCGCGAUGAAGAGCUGCUUCCAGGAGAAGGCGAACAAAUUUAAGGAAUCCAGCGGAAUGUCACCUGACGACAUCAAGAUGUUCGACGAUACCGGAGCUUGCAUCCAACAAAAAGUGCAAAUGUGAGUUUGGUCGGCCGAGAAGCUGUGAAGCACUCUAGAGUCCUGUCUAAACCGGCAGUACGGAGCAGCACUUCGUUGUUGUGGGCACCUGUACUAGAAGAAAAUAAAAUAUGAAUCA